UGGCUCCCCCGCCUUCACUGCGCAUCGGAAACAUGGCGGCGGCGAGGGACUGAGCAGCCCCAGCGCUCGGCGGCCGCGCAGACAUCUUCAGCUAUCUAAAAUCAGGCCAGUUCCAGGAUAAGGACAGCGGCAGGUGAUAUAAUGCGGAAACCAGGCCCUCAAAAAGCCAUAGACUGGAAGGAUGGUAAAAAGCACAAGUACAGCCGCCCAUCAGAGUCUCCUUCCCAGUACCAAGGUCACUUCACCUGGGAGAAAUACCUGAAGGAGACAUGUGCCAUCCCAGCUCCUGCCCAUUGCUUCAAGCAGUCAUACACUCCACCUACAAAUGAAUUCAAGAUCAGUAUGAAACUAGAAGCCCAGGACCCCAGGAAUACCACCUCCACUUGUAUUGCUACCGUGGUGGGUCUGACAGGUGCACGCCUCCGCCUGCGUCUCGAUGGCAGUGAUAACAAGAAUGACUUCUGGCGGCUGGUGGACUCGGCCGAAAUCCAGCCUAUCGGAAACUGUGAGAAGAAUGGAGGGAUGCUGCAGCCUCCACUGGGCUUUCGGCUGAAUGCCUCUUCUUGGCCCAUGUUUCUUCUGAAGACUCUGAAUGGAGCAGAGAUGGCUCCCAUCCGGAUUUUUCACAAGGAACCACCAUCUCCAUCCCAAAACUUCUUCAAAACAGGUAUGAAGCUGGAGGCAGUGGACAGGAAGAACCCUCACUUCAUAUGCCCGGCCACCAUUGGGGAGGUGAGAGGUUCUGAGGUCCUCAUAACAUUUGAUGGCUGGAGAGGUGCCUUCGAUUACUGGUGCCGAUAUGAUUCCCGGGACAUCUUUCCCGUAGGCUGGUGCUCGCUGACUGGAGAUAAUCUGCAGCCACCCGGAACAAAGGUUGUGAUUCCAAAGAGCCCUUUACCUGCCUCCGAAGUAAACUCGGAGAAACCUAGCAUGCACAGUAGCACAAAGACUGUUUUGGGGCAUCAACAAGGGCAAAGGCGUCGCAAAACAGGGAAGAAGCGUGGUCGAACGACCAAAGCACUAAUCCAUCAUCCCAUGCCUACACCCUCCAAGUCAGUGGAGCCUUUGAAAUUCCCCAGAAAGAGAGGCCCAAAGCCUGGCAGUAAGAGGAAACCUAGGACAUUGCUGAAUCCAGCACCCACAUCUCCAACAACCAGUACCCCAGAACCAGAUACAAGCACUGUGCCCCAAGACGCUGCUACAAUCCCCAGCUCUGCUAUGCAGGCUCCCACAGUUUGCAUUUACUUGAACAAGAACGGCAGCACUGGGCCCCAUCUAGACAAGAAGAAAAUUCAGCAGCUGCCUGACCAUUUUGGACCAGCUCGGGCUUCUGUUGUCCUGCAGCAGGCAGUGCAGGCCUGCAUUGAUUGCGCUUAUCAUCAGAAAACCGUCUUUUCCUUCUUAAAACAAGGCCACGGGGGAGAGGUCAUCUCAGCUGUGUUUGAUCGGGAACAGCACACUCUGAACCUGCCAGCAGUAAACAGUAUCACCUACGUCCUCCGCUUCCUGGAGAAACUCUGCCACAAUCUUCGCAGUGACAACCUCUUUGGGAACCAGCCUUUCACUCAGAACAGCCACAUGCAGCGCUCACACGAGUACGACCACGACAGGUAUCUACCAGACAGAAGCAGUUCGUUAGACGGCACUCUGCAGGGACCAGGCCGGGGUACAAAGCGAUAUUCCCAAGAUUCCCCUCCAUACAGUGCUCCUCUCUCCCCCAAGUUACCAAAGAAUGACCGUCACCCUUUGGAAGGUGAAACCUUUGUCCUGGGAGAUGGCCUCCCAGGUCCCCUGGAACCUCGCCUGGACCCCAUGGACUCUGCCUUGAACUCUGUCAAUUCAUCAAGCCACAGCAGAAGCUCCAGAGACUAUCGCCUGCAGGGAUACAGGCACCUGCACCAACCCUCUAGCCUCACUCAGGGCAGUACCUCUGCCUUGCGUAGGCUUAGCUCUGGGGGUUCAGACAGAUAUCUUGGAUCUCGAGAUGUCUCACGGCUGAACAGCCGAGACCCCUCGUCUUGGACAGUGGAGGAAGUGAUGCAGUUCAUACGAGAAGCUGAUCCACAGCUGGGACCCCAUGCCGACCUCUUUCGAAAACAUGAGAUUGAUGGGAAAGCCCUACUCUUGCUGCGGAGUGACAUGAUGAUGAAGUACAUGGGGCUGAAGCUGGGGCCAGCCCUGAAGCUAACCUAUCAUAUCGACAAGCUAAAGCAAGGCAAGUUCUGAGAGGACAUUUGGCAGGACGGAUCCUGAAAACACUGCUCCUGGCCAUACAUAUGCGCACUCGCCUGCAGACUGGUACGCAUGCACACACACCCAUUUAUGCCGCAGAUGGACAUCUCUCAGAAAUACCCUGGACUGGUGCAGGGAUCCAGUCAGCCAACUGCCCACUCCUUCUCCUGGCAGCCAGGCCUCUGAGGCCUUUCGGAAGGAGAUCAACAACGUGUUGGCCAUGGGGCUUCACACCAAACUCAAGUAGUGGAUGUCCUGUUGGAAGCAGAGAGACUGUCUGUGCUCCUGAGCUGGUGUUUCUCUGUGAUUUCCUGGUUCCUCUGCCUUGGGACUGGAGGCAGAGCUGCUCUGGAUGGGAGUUUUGGCGGAGCCUUUCAGGGACUGGGCUGUUACGCUGGAUCCUCUCCCUUUUGCUCUGCUGCAGAAGUGCAUUGCUAUCAUGUUUCCUACCAGCCCUGCUCUCCUGGCCUUGCCCGCUCCAGGUGAUCCUCAAUUCCUGUUUCCUCAGCUCACGUCAGAUGGACAGUGGACCCUUGGAUGCUGGACACUUUGCACUUCCCUGUGCCAUUCUGGACAGCCAGGCUGAGAGGGAGAUGGCGCCUGGGAUUCACCCUCAACUCUCGUCGUACUAUGGCUAGCUUAGAUCAACAACCAUCCUACAGCCAGUCUUCCACAAACAGGUGGGAGCUGCAGCACAUGCUGAAGUCCCACCAGCCUGCUUGCCCAUCCUUGGGCACGCUCACCUCCCUUUGGAGAAAGAGCUGUGUCUGCCCUUAACUUUGGACCUUCCUUGUGCUGAUGACACUGGGCUGUGGAUGGAGGCCUUCAUAUUUAUUUCUGACUGGGGAGGCCAGGGAGGAAGCAUGACUGAGAUGAUGCCAUGUGGCCAGCACACAACACUGCUGGGGAGCGUGGAGCGAGCUGUGGGGAAAGUCGAUCAGGUGCUUGGCUGGGCUUCGGUGUAUACCUGUGGCCAGGACAGGCCCUCCGUGCUAGCAUUUGGGUUGGCAGUGGAGGCUGGCUGGAUGCUGCAGGACUCAAUUGAUCCUUCUCUCCUUUUUGUUUUUGUUUUUUUGGGGGAGGGGUGAUUUUUUUUUUGUUUUUUUUUAUAGGAGUUGUCUGUUUAAAAUGAUGAAAUGUUUUUUGUACCUAUUGUUGAACUCUCAACCCUUGGAGAUUUUUAACCAGAAAUGUAAAAGUUAGUCUUUCCAGUGGGCCCUCCUGGUCCUCUGGUGGUUAUAGUCUGUCCCAGCUCAGCAUGUGCAAGAGAAUGUUGGGUCUGGGAGUCAGAGGAACCCAGUCUGGUGACCAGUCCUUGCACUGCUUUUCCUACAAGGUCCUAACCAGGAGCACCUGUUCGUUUCAGACAGUCUAAUGUAUUUAUUUUUGAUGGCACUUGAGCAGUAAUCUGCUCUUCCAAUUGCGUUGCUGCAGCUGCAAUAAAAGUACCUAAGUGGAUGCCACACGGUCCUUCCCAAAUGCGGGCCUCUGGCUCAUAGCAGCCUGGAGCUUACUAACCCUGGCUCGCUCUGAGUCCAGCCAGGGAUUCUGAUGGCAAUGGACUUCCUGUCCCACUCUGCAACCUUUCUGUAGAAACAAGGGCUGCACAAGGCCCUGGAGCAUCUUGUGCCCCAGCGUGGGACAAGCCAGGGAAGAGCUGACUUUGUCUUUACUGUUGGGAGAGUCAUGGUGAAGGUCUGGAACUGUGAGCUGUCUCGUGACAUGUGCACGCUCAUGCACAUACAGCACACUUAUGUGUGCACACAUGCUUCCUUUCUUUAUUGACCAAAGGGUUGGAAUAGGGGGAAGCUACAUUGCAAGCACUUCUUUCUUUUCUUGCCCUUAGCUCACCCCCCUUCUACGUACAGAGAAACAUCUUAUACCCUCUUCUCUUCAAGCCUCAAGGGCCCAAGCCAGCAGCAGAAAGGGCUCCUGUGCUGAACAGGCCCACCAGUCUCUUGCACUGGGUCAGGUUUACCCCUAAGGGGAAAAUUAAAAAAAAAAAAAAACCCAAAGUAAUAAAAAGGCUUUUUGUUGUACAGCAAAGUCUCAGCUGCAAUCCAUACUGCACCAGUGUGGUCUGAGGGAGAGGGUUCUCUGGCCACCUCGCCGAGCCCUGCUGCUCACAGCACUGGCCCGGAGACACCCUCUCAUUUUUACCCCCUGCUGAUCUUGCUGGCCCAUUGCAGACAGGUCCCUGUGUGGGGUCAGCCAGUGCUUUCCUCUGCACUUAUUUUAUGUUGAUUUGUUUAUAAAUAAAAGAAUAGCUAAGUUCCUCA